AUGACAUCAGUGUCCGCAUCAAAUGGAGGAGAUUCUUGCAAAAUUUUGAGAAAUCUUUCAAAAUUUUUAAUUAUCAUAUGACUUGGUGACUCGUCGUCAAAUUUAGCACAUUUUUGAAUCAUUCCUCGGCUCUGGGAAUUAAUUUUAAAAUUCUGGACAACAAGUAGAACAAGUCGUUGCCAAUUUUUUUUAGGAAAUAUACACACCAGAUUUUGACACGUUUUGAAGGAGGAGAUCUCAAGUUUAAGAAGUUUUCAGAAAAGUUGGAACUCAGCGAAACGCUUCAAAAACUCAACGCCAUUUCAUCAAUCAACUCAUUGACUGCAAAUUUGUCGUUCAGAAUUUUAAAUAAAUUCCCAGAGUGAAGAAAUCAAUAAAAAUCAUUUGAUUUUGACGAUUUUGGUGAUGUCAUCAAGUCAAACACGAACACAUUCAUAAAAUUGAAAUAAUUUGUACAAUAUAAAUUCCCAAAAUUUCCAUCCAUAUUUCCUCCAAAUGACCUCUGUCUCAAAAACUGUGGUGGCGGCGGACCAGACAAGAAAAAAAACUUUGACCUUUCAAAAGACGUGAAAAUUUUGGAAAAUUUUCCAAAGGUCAAAUUUUCGCCGUCGUAGCGACGAAAACCAUCGUCUGGCCACGCCUUUUCGGAAAAACUGACCAAUCAAAAGUUCCCCAGUUUCUGAUUGGUCUUUUCCAAGCCUGAUUUUCCAGACGAACCGAGGUGACUUACGGAGGUCAGGAACAAUCAAAAAAUCAGUUGACUUUGGAUUUUUGACUUGGAAGGUUCUCUCAAAUUGCUCUCUCCCAUUUCAAUUUUUCUCUCUCCUCGAUUCGAUCCUCGUCAAGAAGAAACUUCAAGAAAAUUUCGGUGCUUUCAAAAUCAAAUCAAACCACACCACACCCCAACUCAACCAGAAAGAUGAAGUAUGCAACGUUUUUGGCCAUCCUUAUCGUCGCGGCGGCACUCCCAGCGGCUUUUGGUCAAGAGACGGGAGCAUCAGAACCAGCAGCACCAGGAGUCUCUCAUCCAGCUGGAAUGACCACAGCAGCCGGAGGUGCACCUGCCCCUGUUGGUGGUGGUGAAACCGGAGCUGCGGGCGGUGGCGAAACUACUGCGGCUGCUGCUGCUGGUGGUGCUGACGCCGGGACUUCGAUGUUGUCGGCCGGAAUCCUCCUCAUCUUGGCGUCGUCCUCCGUCGUUCGGGCGUACAACUCCGUGAUGGUGAAGGCCUGCUGAGGACUUUUCGACACUUCGUCACCUUCGUCGUCGUCACCGUUUUUCUUGUAAUAACGUAUAAAAAUUAUAAUGUCGCUCUUUUUCUAUCCUCUCUUCUUUUCCGUCUGUCCUGUCGCUUAUCUUCUCUUUUCCGCUGGUGGGGGCGGCUUGCCCUCUUCUUCUCCUUCUGAGUUGACCCCGCUGGUAAAAAAUCUGUCUUUUUCGUCUAUCCCCCCCUCGUGUCCCCAUCUUUCUUUCUGUGUGCGGACACUGAGCUCUGUCUAUCCUGCCGAAGCUAUGUAUGUAUCAUUUCCGAUUUACAAGACCGUUUAUACCCCUCAUUCAUAAUUAUACCACUAAUGUCAUGUCGUAGUGUGGUUGGGUAAUAAAAUCUAUAACUUCUUUUUGCAUGUAAA